CAGUUAAACACGAACAGGUUGCUUUGUUUCUAUUUCAUAGUCAAAUAUUCAGGAGCAGUUUUGUUUAGAUCAUAUAUGCUAAUAAGUAUGUUCCUCUCGGUAAUUAUGGUUCUGAGUUGUAUUUCUAUGAUCGAGUCAACAACAUGUAAUAGAUCCCAAGAGAGAACAAUGAUAUCUGAAAUGCGGUCAUUACUUGAGUCCUUAGAAAACAAGAUAAACGACAAUUCUUGUAAGUGCAGUGCCAAUGAAAACAAAUGUCCAGGUGGUUGGAAGAAAUACAAAGAUCACUGCUACUUUUUUUCACCUGAUAGUAAAACAUGGCACAAUGCUGCAAAUCAGUUAAGCACAAAUAUGGCUCUUGGAUUGGGACUGGCAGACUUGAAGAAAGAAGACGAAUGGAGAUGGGUUCAUGAUUCUUCUAAGGUUCGUUAUUCUCAGUGGUAUCCAGGCCAACCAAGCAAUAUUGGAAAUAAUCAAUCAGAAGAUUGUGGUAGUUUUUGGUCAGACGCUAAGUAUCAAUGGAAUGAUGUAUCAUGCAAAUCAAAUGGAAUGGGGUAUGUCUGUGAGUGUUCACAUGGACCAGACUGCCGUCCGUUCAAUGGAUGACAGAUAGGUUAGAAAGCAGUGUGAAACGGAUAUACAUGUCCAGUUAAUGUCAUUAAAGAAAUUUAAACACAA